GAUUAAUCCUCACGAGCCCAGUCAGCAUAUGCUAUAGCAAUCGUCAUGGCGAAUAUGCUGCUCGCACUCGAUCUCCGCGACGCCCGAGUGCUGUUUUCUUCGCAGGUGUAUUCAAUCAAAUAAGCACUUACAAUGUCACGCGACGAACGGACGCCUCUGCUACAGCGCUGGAGCGACGAUGAAGACACGCGACCGACCCUCAAGCUCCUGGAUCAUCCCGACGAAGACCCGCGAGCAUGGCCCCGAUGGAGGAAACUCGCGAACGUGGGUGUGAUAGCCACAAUCCACACGGUUGUCAGUCCGCUCGCGAGCUCCAUGUUCACACCCGGGAUUUCUGAGAUCCCUGAAGACCUCCACACGUCCCCUAAGGCCGUCAUCGCAACCACUACUGACUUUGUGAUCUUGUUGGGCAUCGGCCCUCUGAUUCUCGCACCACUAUCAGAGACAUUUGACCUCAGAAAUAUCUACCUAAUUUGCUUCGCCAUUUUCGCUCUUUUGCAAAUUCCCACGGCGCUUGCGCCAAACAUCGCAUUCCUCAUCGUUGUGCGCAGCGUGUCGGGCUUCUUUGGCAGCGUUGGCAUUGCAAACGGAGGAGGUACGAUCAGCGACAUGUUCAUACCCAUUGAAAGAGCCGGGGUAUUUGGCUGGUAUCUCCUAGGACCAUUGCUAGGCCCCACCCUGGGUCCAUUGUUCGGUGGCUUCAUCGUGCAGCGUCUCGGUUGGCGGUGGAUAUUUUGGGUGAUGACGAUCGUCUGCUCGGUCAAUACGCUGGCAGGGUAUUUCUUCCUCCGCGAAACUUAUGCGCCCGUCAUUCUCACACACAUGAAACACCGCUUCGAGGGUAGUAACCGCGCGGACGAUGCAACCAACUACCAAUUCGAAGGCGAGGACUUGCGUCCGCUGCGACAGAAACUCGCGCACUCACUCGCGUCCCCCGCCGUCUACCAAGCCCUCAUCUUCGGGACGACCUAUAGCAUCUACACCAACAUGCAGGACAUCUAUUCGGGCAUAUAUGGUUUCUCUACCGAGAAAGUCGGGCUGCUAUACCUCGGACCAGGGCUUGGGUUCUUGUUCGCUGUAUGGUUUCUCGUUCCACGAAUUGACGACGUGUAUAAGAGACUUACGGCCAAGCACAAGGAUAAAGGGCAGCCCGAGUUUCGCUUACCCCUUGCAAACAUCGGGGCCUUGUUCAUCCCCGUAUCGCUUUUCUGGUUCGCGUGGUCGGUUGAGAGGAAAGUUCACUGGUGUGCGUCCAUCGUGCCGACGUUUUUCUAUGGCAUCGGACAGGUGAUGAUCUUGAACACUACGCAAAACUAUUACAUCGACUCGUUCGAAGCGUAUGCAGCAUCCGCAAUCGCAGCAGGGACGGUGUGUCGGUCGAUUGUUGGAGGCCUAAUACCUCUAGUUGCACCGAGCCUGUUCGAGAAGGUAGGGUAUGGAUGGGGCAUCAGCGUGUUUGGGUUUGUCAGUCUGGCGCUGGCACCUGCGCCCGUGUUGUUCUACAUUUUCGGUGAGAGGGUUAGGGGAAGUUUCGCAUUGAAACUGUAA